AUGAUAUCAAAGUCUUCGGCUCUGGCACAAAGCUCGUUGUUUCAAUAUGGAAUAAAGUACUUUGGCUCGGGCACCAAACUGGUGGUUUCAAAUAUUCAAGCAAAACUUGAUUCCAAAAAGGUCCAGGUCCUGCCUCCUUCUACUGAACAAGAUGGGAAGGUAUCAUACAUGUGCCUCAUUGAGGAUUUUUACCCAAAUGUUAUUAAGGUGACUUGGGAAGAUGAGAAGAAGAAUGCAGAGAAAAAUGCAGUGCACGAGGAAAUUUGGCCCCCUGGUGACAAUCAACAAUCAUACUCAAUAAGCAGCUGGCUGACUGUAGAUAAAAAUAGCAACAAGAAUUAUGGCUGCCACUAUCAACAUGAAAGCAAAGAGGAUUCUGUCCUCCCCCCAUCUCCAGGCACCAUUUCAGACACCACUGUAGCGCCUCAAACCACGGGAGUUUGUAACAAGCAUGCUGAGAAUGGCACCACGCUUUCCACAGAUAUUACAGACAGUUUCAUGCACAGGACGGCGUAUUUAAUAUACAUUGUCCUUCUCCUGAAAAGCACCAUGUACUACGUCAUCGUACUCUUCUUCAUGUACAGAAUGAAAAGUCCAAUCAAGCACCGGGGAAAGAAACCUCAGCAGAAGAUCUGGCCCAUGAGUUUUUGCAAAGCACAUGAACACAGUGAGAACAAUUAUAUCAAAGUCUUCGGCUCUGGCACAAAGCUCAUUGUUUCAAAAACAGAAGCAAAACUCGAUUCCAAAAAGGUCCAGGUCCUGCCUCCUUUUACUGAAAAAGAUGGGAAAGUAACACACAUAUGCCUCAUUGAGGAUUUUUACCCAAAUGUUAUUAAAGUGACUUGGAAAGACGACAAGGAGAAUGCAGAGAAAAAUGCAGUGUUUGGGGAAAUUUGGCCCCCUGAUGACAAUCGACAAUCAUACUCAAUAAGCAGCUGGCUGACCGUAGAUAAAAAUAGCAACAAGAAUUAUCGCUGCCACUAUCAACAUGAAAGCAAAGCGGAUUCUGUCCCCACCGCAUCUCCAGGCACCUCCAUAGCGCCUCAAAGCACAGCAGACUGUACCAACAGACUUUUCAUAGAGCGGUUCAUGCACAGGACGGCAUAUUUAAUAUACAUUGUCCUUCUCCUGAAAAGCACCAUGUACUAUGUCAUCGUACUCUUCUUCAUGUACAGGAUGCAAAGUCCAAUCAAGCGCCAGGGAAAGAAACCUUAAACUUCUCC